AUGUCAUUGAAAUUGGCCUUUUCUCGUUCACAUUCAAAUUCAUCGAUUAUUGAUCCACAAAUUUUUGAAGAAUUCAACCGACUGCUCUUAUCAAAGGAUGAUAUUCAAAAAUCUCAUCAUUUACCGGCUGUGUUAGUGGAUUUGAAAGCCUUCGAUAGAAACGUUGCUCUUCUUCGUCAUCAAAUGUCUUCGCAUUCACAAACUACUAUUCGCAUUGCCUCAAAAUCAUUGCGUGUCCCUUUCUUAUUGCAACGUAUUCUAUCAUCUGGUCUGCCAUUCAAAGGGCUAAUGUGUUUUGCUGUGGAAGAAGCCCAGUUUUUAUCAAGCUUAGGCUUCGAUGAUUUAUUGAUUGCCUAUCCUUCACAACAGCUAUCAGAUUAUGAAACUCUGAGAGAUUUACACGAACGCGAAAAGAAAACAGUAAGCAUUGUGGUCGAUCAUCCAACAUCCAUAAAAGAAUUGAAUCAAUUCAUGGAGGGAAUUAGCCGACCAUUCCCGAUUAUCUUAGAAUUCGAUGCCUCGUUUCGAGCCUUAGGCGGACGCAUCCAUAUAGGUGCGCGUCGUAGUCCAAUACGAACUCUCGCUCAACUCAUUGAAAUAAUUGAAUUCACUCAACAAUUACCUUUUAUUCGCUUAGAAGGUAUCAUGGUCUAUGAAAGUCAUAUUGCUGGCAUAGGUGAUAUGAAUCCCAAUAACUUCUGGUUGAAUCCAUUGAUUCGUUACGUGAAACAUUCUUCGAUAUCCCACAUUCAACAACUUCGACAAGAAAUGAGGCAACUCUGUUCAAAAUAUGGCUUGACCAUAUUAAAUGGAGGUGGAACCGGCAGUUUACUGGCGGCUUUGGAAGAAACUUCGGCUCUGACAGAAAUUACGGUUGGUUCUGGAUUUUUUCAACCUCAUCUGUUUGAUUAUUAUCAACAAAACCAAGCAAUGAUCAAUCAGUUUGGUUCGACAUUUGCGCCAUCCUGUUACUUUGCUCUACCGAUCGUGCGCGUAUCCGAUAAAGGGGAAUGGGUAACAUGUGGCGGUGGUGGAUAUGUCGCUUCUGGUCGGCCAGGAUGGGAUAAAGUGCCAUUACCAGUCUUUCCCUUGGGACUGACAUUGAAUGAUAGUGAAGGACCAGGUGAAGUACAAACACCGUUGAGAAUAGACCCAACUCGAAGAAAUGAAACAAUGAAAUUCUUCGAACAAAAUCAAAUCGUUUAUUUUCGACAUGCCAAGGCUGGCGAGUUAGCGGAACGUUUUAUGUUCUUUCUCAUAGUAGCCGAUGGAUGCAUUGUUGAAAUAGCUAAAACCUAUCGAGGAUAUGGGAUGUGCUUUCUCUGA